CAGUUUCGAACAAUCGCACCCACCGCCACCGAUUCUCAACAUGAAGUUCUUUAUCGUAGCAUUGGCCCUGGUUGCUGCCGCCAGCGCUCUUCCUCAACAACGGCAACAGACUGAACAACAACCAAUCGCAAUUUUGCGACAGGCCCAGGACAUCAGUCCAGAGGGAUCCUACCAAUUCAACUACGAAACUGAGAAUGGAAUUCAGGCUAAUGAAAAUGGUGCAGCCGUAGCUCUUGGACCCAAAGGAGAAGUUGGAAAUAGUGCUCAAGGAUCCUUCCAGUACAUCGCUCCAGAUGGCACUCCCAUCUCUGUGAGCUACAGCGCUAAUGAAAACGGAUUCCAGCCCCAAGGUGCUCACCUUCCAGUUGCUCCCGCAAUCCCAGAACAGAUCCAGAGGGCGCUCGACUACAUCGCGGCUCACCCACAGAAACCCGAAGACCAACAUUAGGAAUUAUUUA